AUGUUGGUAUGUACAGUAACUCUCCAUAAAGAGGCGUCAUCUUCCAGAAGUCUUCAGCGUGAUUCACGUUUUCGUUUCGCUCAUUUUAUCGACCAUCUUUUUCACAUUCUUGAUGUACCUGAGCUUGAAUCCAUUCAUGUCAGGGAUCGAAGAGUUUGUCUGCUUUAUUGUCUAAGAGAUAAGCGAUGUUUCUCAACAAACCUUGCUGCUAAACCUGAUAUCAAUGGUAACUAUGUUUGUGAGCUGCUUCCCACAGACAAGUAUAACGCUUCUGACAGCUUUAAACCAAGUCAACACUUUAAUCACUACAGUGCCAAGACUCCAUGUUUAUCGAACCCCUGUCAGAAUAACGGCAGCUGUCGAGCUUUGUAUUACCUCGAACAUUUCUGGUGUGAGUGUCUUCCAAAUUACUCUGGCAGAUAUUGUGAGAAAUGGCUGGUUGAACUACCUUACAAUGUUUGCAUGUAUGGAUUAAGCGAUAGACCGGGAUUAUUCUACACACCUUUGGCCGGUAAAAUCUAUUUUAUAAGGCUUGUUCACAUCUCUGGUUCUGUGGGUUGUAGGAUUAAGCAAAAAGCUAACUGGGGUUGUCAUUCGAACAUCGAAACCAUUCUCACAGAUAAAGAUAAAAACGUUGUUUACCCAGAAGAUCAGAGAGCUCAUGCUUACCAGCUCUCUGGAUUUUCAAAGAAUUCCCCUGAACUGAUGCUAAAAUUCACUACACCACUGGUGGUAGCCGCUGGUCAAGAAUAUCAGGUGUGGUUUUUGGAAGACCUAACUGACAUUCACGAACGCAAUAACAACCCUGGACCAUCCUGCAUGAAGGUCAUUUAUUUGUUCAGCUUAUGA